GGAGGGGGAGGAGGGGAGGAACCUGAUCUCUCCAGCAGCGAAGGGCUGGAGGCAAACACCGAGUUCCCCCAGAGCCGCCCGGGAGCAGGGAGGGUUCCGCUACCCCGGGAAGCCCUCCCCGCGGGGCAGAUGCUAAGAAGAAUGUGUUGGUGAAGUGGAAGUGACAGACAACUUAAAAGUUCAAUAUCCAGACUCUCUGAGCCAUGUUUUGGGGUCACCCAAGCAUUCCAUCCUCCUGACUUCCCAUAAACUUUUGGAUUCAUAACCCACUCCAUACUUGAGAACAUGGGGAUUGGAAUAAGGAACAUUUUAGUGGAUAAGCCAAAUGACCAGUCUUCAAGGUGGUCUUCAGAGAGCAACUACCCUCCCCAGUACUUGAUUCUGAAGCUUGAAAGGCCUGCUAUAGUCCAGAAUAUCACAUUUGGAAAAUAUGAGAAAACUCAUGUCUGCAAUUUGAAGAAAUUUAAAGUCUUUGGUGGAAUGAAUGAAGAAAACAUGACAGAGCUAUUGUCCAGUGGCUUAAAGAAUGAUUAUAACAAAGAAACAUUUACCUUGAAGCAUAAAAUUGAUGAACAGAUGUUUCCUUGUCGAUUCAUUAAAAUAGUUCCACUCUUAUCAUGGGGACCCAGCUUUAACUUUAGCAUCUGGUAUGUUGAACUUAGUGGCAUUGAUGAUCCCGAUGUAGUACAACCCUGCCUCAACUGGUAUAGUAAGUACCGUGAACAGGAAGCUAUUCGCCUUUGCCUAAAACACUUCAGACAACAUAACUAUACAGAGGCCUUUGAAUCACUGCAAAAGAAAACCAAGAUUGCCCUGGAACAUCCCAUGUUAACAGAUCUGCACGAUAAGUUGGUACUGAAGGGUGAUUUUGAUGCUUGUGAAGAAUUGAUUGAAAAAGCUGUAAAUGAUGGCUUGUUCAAUCAGUAUAUCAGUCAACAGGAAUAUAAGCCACGAUGGAGUCAAAUCAUUCCCAAAAGCACCAAAGGUGAUGGAGAAGAUAACCGACCAGGAAUGAGAGGAGGCCAUCAGAUGGUUAUUGAUGUUCAAACAGAGACUGUUUAUUUGUUUGGUGGCUGGGAUGGAACACAAGAUCUUGCUGACUUCUGGGCGUACAGUGUGAAAGAGAACCAAUGGACAUGUAUCUCUAGAGACACUGAGAAAGAGAAUGGUCCUAGUGCUAGAUCAUGUCAUAAAAUGUGCAUUGACAUUCAACGGAGGCAAAUCUACACACUGGGGCGUUAUUUGGAUUCCUCUGUGAGGAACAGCAAAUCUCUGAAAAGUGAUUUCUAUCGUUAUGACAUUGACACAAACACAUGGAUGUUACUCAGUGAGGAUACUGCUGCUGAUGGAGGACCGAAACUGGUGUUUGAUCAUCAGAUGUGUAUGGACUCAGAAAAACAUAUGAUCUACACCUUUGGUGGUAGAAUUUUGACAUGUAAUGGCAGUGUAGACGACAGCAGAGCCAGUGAACCACAAUUCAGUGGAUUGUUUGCUUUCAACUGUCAGUGUCAAACCUGGAAACUUCUUCGAGAGGACUCCUGUAAUGCUGGGCCUGAGGACAUCCAGUCUCGUAUAGGACACUGCAUGCUAUUCCACUCAAAAAAUCGUUGCUUAUAUGUAUUUGGUGGCCAGCGAUCAAAGACCUAUUUGAAUGAUUUCUUUAGUUAUGAUGUGGAUUCUGAUCAUGUAGACAUAAUAUCAGAUGGUACCAAGAAAGACUCUGGAAUGGUUCCAAUGACAGGAUUCACACAGAGAGCAACCAUUGAUCCAGAACUGAAUGAAAUACAUGUCUUAUCUGGACUCAGCAAAGACAAGGAAAAGAGGGAAGAGAAUGUCAGAAAUUCAUUCUGGAUUUAUGACAUUGUAAGGAAUAGUUGGUCUUGCGUCUAUAAGAAUGAUCAAGCUGCAAAGGAUAAUCCAAGUAAAAGUCUUCAGGAGGAAGAACCAUGUCCAAGAUUUGCCCAUCAGCUUGUAUACGAUGAGUUACACAAGGUUCAUUAUUUAUUUGGUGGGAAUCCAGGAAAAUCUUGCUCCCCAAAGAUGAGAUUAGAUGACUUCUGGUCACUGAAAUUGUGUAGGCCUUCAAAAGAUUACUUACUGAGGCAUUGCAAGUACCUCAUAAGAAAACACAGGUUUGAAGAGAAGGCCCAAAUGGAUCCCCUUAGUGCUCUGAAAUACCUACAAAAUGAUCUUUAUAUAACUGUGGAUCAUUCAGACCCAGAAGAGACAAAAGAGUUUCAGCUCCUAGCUUCAGCUCUGUUUAAAUCUGGUUCAGAUUUCACAGCUCUAGGCUUUUCCGAUGUGGAUCACACCUAUGCUCAAAGAACUCAGCUCUUUGACACCUUAGUAAAUUUCUUUCCUGACAGCAUGACUCCUCCUAAAGGCAACCUGGUGGACCUCAUCACACUGUGACUGAAGAGUACCUGGACAGAAAUGGAGCACAGGAGUCUGCUUUCAGUAUUCUGGAUUUCAACUCUAUUGACUGACAAUUAGGCUGCAGUGACUGAGGACUGCACCAGAAUUUUGAAGGGAUCUUUGCUGUCACAAAUUUUAACCCUCUUCCUUCACACCUGACCUCAACCCCAUAGUCCUCAUCCCAUUCCUAAAUUAGGCUAAUAAAGUGAAAUCGGUAUACUUUCCAUUUAAAUAUAUAUAUAUAUAUUUUAUUACUUUAACUUUUAAGAAUUGAUGAGUAUAAAAGAAAAAAUCAGGCAGUAUACCCUUUUCUGAUUUUUAUUUCAGUUUUAUAAAAUUGGGGCAAGUAAGCACUGUUCACAGACUCAGUGCUACAAGAAUUGGAAUUUUGUUGUUGGGUUGUUUGGCCUUUCUUCUUUCUCCUUUCUUCCCAUUUCACUUUACCUUGAAUCACACAGCUGCUUGUAAGUGAUAUGUAUCAUUUGUUUACCUCUUCAUUCUUAACAGUAUAUAGUUCUGUAGGGCAAUUGAUGUAUAUUUAAGUGAUAUAUGUGUCUCCGUUGACUAGUCUUGUAUUACAUUAAACAGUAGGAGGAACAGAGGGCUCUAAUUUACGCUCCUUGUCAUAGAACUAAAAAGUGAAACCUGAGAUUGUUCCACACACUUAUCUGAGAUUGGUAUAUAGUAUUUCUAUAAUGAUAUAUUUUAUAGUGGGUAUUACAAAGCUUUGAGUCACAGAAACCUUAAACUGAGGAGAGAAUAUAGUUCAGAACCUUUAAGAGCCAUUCUCAAAAUUACCAGCAGGAGGAUUCUAGUUGUGAUUAGCAUGUUCAUUGAUAUCUCUGUAGUAAUUUUGGAAGAAAAUGACUCAUUCCCCUGGUAGAGCUGUGCAGGACCAGGGCUUCGAUUUCUUCCUUGUGCUAUCUCUUUAUAGCAUUUUCAUUUGGGAGGAUGGGUUCCAGAGCUACGUUUUUGUUUAUUUUCAUACACAUUAGCUCUGCUUCUAUAUACUGAUAUUUUAAAGAAUAAUGGUUUGUAAUUGUCCAGUGGAAUACAGCUGACAGGCAUUUCAUUAAACACAUAGACCAGGCUUUUUUAAUGGAGAAAAAGAAAAAUAAUGGUGCAAAUAUUUUUUAUUAAACUAAAAGGCAGAUGGGCUUUUCCACUGUUCCUUUUUUUGUGAGGAGUGGUGGUAUGUAUUGUUCCAUGAGGUGCUGUGGAAUGCAACAUAGGAAAUUUAAACCUGGCCAGUGCUUACAUUUGCUCAAAAAGUGUGCUGUAUGCAACUGAUACCCACCAUGCUUAAAGCAGGUUAAGUAUAAUAAAUGUCCAUCAGUCCAGUGGCUCUUCCAAGUGAAUGACUUUAGAGAAUUUACUGUGUCCCCGAAUAGCAAGAUUAGGCCUCACCAAAGAAAGAAGAAAUUGAAUUGCACUUUUGAAAAGUCUCAUGUAUAGGAAUGAGACUUUAAGGUCCCUCUUCAGUCUGUCAUUAUUGCAUGGUUUCACGUCUUUGGGGGAAGGACAGAAGUAUAUUUGUCCUAGUUCUAGGCUUGAAUCUUGGACUGCUUGGCUUUCCAAGCAUCCCAAAGCAAUCAGUAGUGAUUUAUUAAACAAUUAGAUUUGUUCCUUACCUUGUGAAAGAUAUAGUACAUAAUUCAGUAAGUACCAAGUUGUGUAGCUGCAGAAUAACCAGUUGACUUUAUGGGUGAGCAAAUAGAAUCUGCCUACAUACUUAGGCAGUUUCAUUAAAAGAUUUCCCUGACCGUCAAGAACAUAAAAUAUUAAUAUUGCUAAUAUUGUAGCCUGUUGAACUCAUUUCAUGGAAACAGGUUGAUAGGAAAGAACUUGUUAAGAAUUUCUAAAUGUAAAAGCUCUAGUUUUGCUCACUGUGAAUUCUGGCACUUCAAAAACCAUAACCAAAUGAAAUUCUGCUUCCCUCCACCAUUUAUUUUUAUAGUGCUUUUUUUGGUCAUUUUUUUCCGUUCCUUAGAUUCCAUAUUUGGAGGAAACUCAGUUCUUGAACUCAGUGAUUUUGUUUGUUCUUAUUUUUCUCUGACUCUCUACUGGUUGUUUUCUAAACAUGCUUGUUCUAAUUUCAUCUUUCCUCACUUGAAGUGGAACCUUUUCCCUUUUCUUCACUUAACAGCAUUUUUUUUUUCACUAACAUGUUUAAAUGGGGUUGAGUCAUAGCAAACUGUUCAGUGUUGCUUAAGUGACAUAGACUGUAUUUAGGAAGUUAUUGACUAGGUAAGUCAAAAUUUGUACCCUGGGGCUUUAAUGAGGCACUGCUGGUAAUGAUUGCAGGAGAAUGUAGGCUUCAUUAUAUCCGUGACCAAGAUUGACACAUUGCUCACUUUCGACAUCAGAACCCUGAUAUGAAACUUCUUUAUAUAUUUAGUGAGGAGCUACAUGUAUUUCCAAGUAUUCCAGCACUAUAUUAUAAUUUAAAUAAUCUAAUUUGGUAUUUAUAUACAUUGUUUAGCCAAAUAUCUAUGCUUUACUACUUAAAAAUUCUUUCAUUCUAGCUUAGUGAGCCCCAGAUUGAAACAUUAGUUAGUGCAUUAGUUAGUGGGGUACAGUUUGCUCAGUGUCACUAUCCCUAGCUUCAGUUUCAUCCCCAUUUCUCCUUUUUCCAUGGAAUAUAUUAUUCCAGAAUAAUAAACUAGAAAUAAUUUAAACUAGAAAUAAACUAGAUCUCUAACAUUUUCAGUGCUUAUACCUCAUGAGAAAUUAAUUAUCUGAUUUGCAAGAUACUUUCAAAAUGCAGUUGCAUUUUGUGGAAUGACAGAGACCUCAUGUGGCCAGCUUGAUUAAUUCACACAUAUCAAUCUCCUGUGAAGCAAAGGAAUUCAGAUUUGGGUGCCUAACUCUGUGCUAAAGCAGACAGUAUUAACCUUUAGCAAGAUUGUCUUUUCAGACCUGGUUUUCAUUAAAACUGACUUAUCUAUGUCUAAUAAGUAAAAACUGAUAGAAAACAUUAGAAAGUUAAUACACUGAUUUAUCACAGAAAAGCUUGUUGGCUUUAGAGCUCAGUGAUUUGUUUAAGAUUGUAAACUGCAUUCUUUGGUGAAAUAUGUCUUGAAUAUAAAUGGUUUGCUAGCUUAUCUUUCUAGUGGAUCUUUUCACAUCUGCCUUAAAAGUGCUAUUUAGAGAUACAUUAGCAGAGUUUCAUGUAAUAAAACAGUUUUAAAAUCUAAUUUAUAAACAAAAACUAGUUUGAGGUACUUAAUCAUUGGUGAGAGAUUGAGAAUGAUGCUUAAUGAAUCAGAAAGCACUUAGAAAGGAGUAUGUUUCUGAUUUUAUUUUCUGAAUUAAACUCAGUGUCAUGGAAGGAGUUACCCUAUAAUUAUUCUUAACACAAUAUGAAAUUCAUUGGAUAAUUGUGGGUCAUUUAAUUUUUUCCUGGGUGAAUGUUGUGUUAACUCUCUAGCUGAUUGAAUGUUGCAAAGCAGUUGAAAAUUAUGGUUUGAAGUGAUUUCUAUGAGAGAGGAUCAUUACAAUGUGUACUUUAAACAACGUCAUCUAGCUGUAAAAAAUAUUCCCUUUGUAACCUUUCUUUUUUGAAAAAAUACAUGUUCAUACGUAAUUUCAUCCUUUUGCAGAAAUUCUGGCCUGAACUUUCACUAACUUUUAAAUUCUUAAGAUAGUCCUUAAUCUAAGAUAUGCAGGCUCCCUCAGAAAAAGUUCAUAGUUAUUAGAGGGGUAAUCAUAGAGGGUCUGCAUAUGACAGUAGUUGUAGAUUAGAUCUUUGGGUUCUUCCACUCAAAAUUUUUGUAUUCCUUAUUAGUCAAUAACAUUAUUCUUUUGUGAUUUUUGACUAUGGCCUACAUGUCCCUGUGAUUUGUAUUAUUGCUGAAAUGACAUUGGCUGCCCAAAACUUGUAGUCUAGAGGUAUUUCAGUUGAAGAUGGAAGUUUCAAAGUUUGUUGAAAUAAUUAAUUAGGAGCCACCUAGAUCAGCUGAAUGAUGUCACCACCAUUUGUUUUGAUGGGGAGGACUCAUGAUUGUAGUUUAUUGAUUUCUUCACCAGAUGCUCUUUUUAUCUUUCAAAAAAACUGCUAUCUUAAGAGAUUUUAUUUAUACAUAAUUUUUAAACCUUGAUUUCUUCCUAUCCCACAAAUACUGUGAAUUGUUUCCAUUAUUUUUCUUAGCUAAAUCCUCUGACAAUAGAUUUAUAGCACUUAACCUAAGGAGUCAUUAGAGGUUAUAGUAAACCAGAUUUUCUCGUGGGGCAGAGAGAGAUGCCCUUGUGGGAAACCAUAUCACUAUGUCUUUUCUGUUAGGUGGAACUCUAAAGUUAUAGAUCUUGAACUGGAUCCCAAUUCAGAACUUAAAAACCUGAAAAUCAAAGGGUAGUUCUAGUUCAUCUUCCACAAUAGUCAUUAUUUGGAAAUAAUUUUUACAAAUAUAUACUAUCAUGUCCUCAAACACUGCCUAGCUUGAUUGAAAACAGAAUGUUAUGUGGAUGUUAUCUGAGAGCUAUAGGGUCAACAAGAAAAAGGGAGAAAUGUUUAGUAGGGAAGUAGACCAGUUGUAAGGCAUCACUUGUAAUUAUGAACUAAUUUGUCUUCUUUUUUACCUUUUUAUCUGCUGUUUAGUCUCAAUGAAUUAUUGUACACAAUGUUAGACAUUUGUACACAAUGUUCUGUUUUGCCUGUCUGUGGCAUUUUCACUUGGAGGUAUUGAACCUCAGGAACAGAGCUAGAGAGGAGAAUGAGGGUAUGUUAAAGAAGGAAAAAUAGGAGCUUUUUGCUCAUGGUUUUGAAGGUCCACAGAUCUAAAUGAGAAAGAAAGCUCUUCAUUUCUAACCCUAAAUUAAUUUAAUGCAGUGCUGAGAAGAAGACUAUCAAGAGGGAUCAAAGCUCAGUUCUGAAUAGUCUUUGGAAAGCAGCAUUUCUUGGUUAGUUGCUUUCCUCACUGUCUCCCAAGUAGCUGAUAGAGAUCUCAAAACAGAAAACCCAGUGUGAUGGGCUCUAGCUCUUAAACUAGGUGAGCAGUUUCUUAUGUACAGCCAAUUCCUUGAUAAGGAUUCAGAGGGAAAACCAGCAAUAAAACAUUUUAACAUGCAGUUUUGGGGCUCCCAGGGGACUUGCUUUUUCAUGGAGUUUAAGCUCUUCCUGCAACACAGCUCUGUACCAUCUGGGAUGCUAGCAUUCACAGCGGUUAGUUUGGAUAUCUGAGCUGUCUGCCAUGCAAAUACCAGCCCAAGGAGAUCAUCAUUCUUCAGUUUCAUUCAGUGCUUAAUGAAUGCCAAAUUAAUUGGCAGGAAGGAAAAACCCUGUGUGAUAUAGGAACAGGCCUGUGUGCAUGAUUAAGGAGUUACUCAAGUAGCCAAUUUUGAGCUUAAUUUCUCUCCUUUGUUAACAAAUCUCAAGAAAGGCUUUGUUACAAUUUAGCUAGUGUCAUUUGGUUGGUGUUCAUUUUCUAACCCUUUAAAAUAGGAAGAAAAUUGUCAUUUCGUGUUUAACUUCUAACCCAUACAGAAUUGAACUGACAUCAAUUUAGUUUCCAUGUUUUAAAAUAAAUUAAUUAUACAUAAUCCAAAGGGUCUCUGUUUAUUCUACUUUUCCAGGAAAUACAUGAGUUCUGGGCUUGGCAGUAGAAGUAUUUAAUAAUUUUGGUUUAUUCUUUAGGUUUCCUCCACAUCUGUGAAGUGAUUAAUUAAAUUAGAGAAGGUAUUUAGAAUAAGUUCAAUUCCAUUGCAACUGGCAGAGCUGUAUAAAUUCAUUUUGCAACAAAGGAGAGGAUCUUAUACCAUCAGGACCAUGCCAUCAGAUUUUGGCAAGUGACUGUUUUAUCACAUUGCCUUGUAGUUUGCUAUUUUUUCCUUCUUAAGAUAAAAGGGAAAACUGAGGACAGAGAUGUAUAACUUUACAUUUUUUAUUUUUUAUAUUUAUUUUUUUAUUUGUGUUUAACAUCUUUAUUGGAGUAUAAUUGCUUUACAUUGUUGUGUUAGUUUUUGCUGUAUAACAAAGUGAAUCAGCUAUAUGUUUACAUGUAUCCCCAUAUCUCCUCUCUCUUGCAUCUCCCUCCCACCCUCCCUAUCCCACCCCUCUAGGUGGACACAAAGCACCGAGCUGAUCUCCCUGUGCUAUGCGGCUGCUUCCCACUAGCUAUGUAUUUUACAUUUGGUAGUGUAUAUGUGUCAGUGCUACUCUCUCACUUCGUCCCAGCUUCCCCUUCCCCCUCCCUGUGUCCUCAAGUCCAUUCUCUACAUCUGUGUCCUUAUUCCUGUCCUGUCCUUAGGUUCAUCAGAACCAUUUUGUUUUUUAGAUUCCAUAUAUAUGUGUUAGCAUACUAACUUUACAUUUUUUUAAUUGCCUACUUUAGAAGUCUUAGGGUACUUGCACCUUUAUAAAGGCUUCGCUUAAUUUUACACAUACAGAUUAACUAUACUUGUAAGAGCACUGAAUAGAAAGUUAUAAGACAUAUUAAAGUAAUUGUCUACCCAACCCCAAAUUUGAUAGUAGGAUAUCAAAGUCCAAAAGUUUAAAUGCAAGUAGUCUUCUAUGGGGAAGGUAUAUGUUUUUAAAAGUCAUGCACAUGGUCUCCUUUUUGAGAUAUUUUUUCCUUUCCCAGAAAAAUGAUUUUGGUGACCAGUUGUAAACUGAUUUCUCCCUCAAUUGUAAACCACCCAUUUAGAGAAAUAAAAGUGGACUCACUUUCUUAAGCAUUACAUUUAGCCUGACCAAGAUAUGCUGUGAUUGUGUUAUUCUUCAAGCCAGCUUGCUUUUUUGACUUGUCAUAAAAUGUCUUUUGAAUUGAAUGAAUUAAAUAGUAUAGUAUUAAUUUUCUUUUAUGUAUAGCUCAAUUUAGAAAUUGCAAAAUAAUGAGACAUUUUUCUAUGAGCAGAUUCUUUUAUGGAGAUAGGUUUUUCUUUUUAAUGAGAUUUCUUCCCUGUCACCACUUCAAAAUCUAUGUACAGCUGAGUCUGCAGCCUCAGAAGAAGAGUACAGGAAAGCUUAGGGCCUCCUUUUCUUGUGUUGUUCUUGGCAACAAACAUGAUUCCACCUUUUCAAUGGAAUGAUGGGGUGGGUCUGUGUGUAUGUGUGUGUGUGUAUACUUAUUGGCCUGAAAUUGAGAUCCCUUUAGGUAGAGAUAGAUCCUCAUAACCAAAGUUGGACUGCAGAUUAGGUUGAGGAGGAAGGUACAGCUCCAUCCAUAGCCCGUAGACUCUGUCUGUCCUUCUGGGUCUGCUUAUUAGCGCUAUGGAUAGCUCCUUCUCUGUUAGAGCAUCUCCUGGACUGGAAACAUGGCGUCACAGCAUCCAGCUCAUCUGAAAGUUGGAGAGUGUUAAACAUCUUUUAUGGGCCUUUUAAAUAAAUAACAACAUUUAUUGAUUUUUGUAAUUGUGAAAAUGUUUAUCAUAGAAAUUUAGGAAAUUACUAAGUGUGAAGAAGGAAAGCCACUAGUAUUUAACCGGUGAGACUUACUUAUUUUAUUUUUCCUGACUUCCUUCUGUUAUCCAACAUGGUAAAGGCCAGAAAAAGUAAAAAAAAAAAAAAAAAAAAAAUUUUGACAGCCAUUCCUCAUUGUCCGCAAGCAUUUUUCUCUACCCUUACUAUAUUCCUUUAAAGCAUUGCCCUUUUCUAGACAAACAGUCUGAAAAUAAUUCUGUUGAUAUGUAUCUUUUAAGCCUAAACUAUAGAUGUAAGAUACUACCCAAAAGCUGUAGGGAUCUGCCUUGUUCAGGUCAUUGGAAAUUUUAUCUCUAAGAUUAAUUUGAAUUUUUAAGCCCUUUAUGCACCAUGAUAGACAUUUGGAGCAUAUUCAUACGAAUGCAAGAGCUUUCUGUUUAGAUGGACUUUUUAAUACAACCAUAAUUAAACUCACACCUAAAAAGGAUGAGGUACUUUUCAAAGGCCAAAGGAAAUGCAGAGAAGAGCAAAGCAAAACAGAUGAAAUGAACGUAAGUAUAUAAAUAAGGAGUCCUUGAAACAAGAGUUCCCUUACUGUGCUUAGCAAAUGUCUCUCCAAAAAAUGUAUUUCUCUGGUUACCAGCUAAGAUUUAGAGUUUUAUAUCUCAUGAGAAUCCUUUUCUUAAUAUGUGAAGGAAAAAACUGCAGCCUUUCAGGGUUCUACUCCUUCCUUUACCCUCCUCUUCUGUAUCCUCAAGUACCUAAAUCAGAAAGGAAAUCAUGAGGGAAAUCUGAAACAGCUGGCAUAAGCUAGUUGUAGUUUUUAAACAAAUGUUUUUGGGCAUCAGGUGUCCCCUAACAUCAUUAUUGUUCUAAGUCGUCGUUGGGCUGUGUGGAGUGUGUUCCGUAAUCUUCCCCAUUCCCCUCAUCAUCCUCUCUGUUUUAUCUUACUUUUGCCCUAUCUGUAUGGACUUUUUAGGGUUUUGUUUGUUUCUUAGUACAAGUAAUGUUCUGAUCCCAGGUUUGGUGAAUGUGUUAACACUGCUUUGUGAAUAAAUAAGUGAUCUGCUGAACAACUGCAGUUGUAGAAUUAUGUUGUAUGUAAUGUACAUAUGGAGAAAGAAUGUAUUUUGUUCAUUUUCUUAAUAAAAAGUUAUAUAUGGACA